AUGGAGCUGAUUCGAUUCUACGAGAGACAAUCUAGUUCUGAGCGUUCUAUCGAUUUCAAGAUCUCAUUACGUAGUGUCAGGCCUCUUUUCAACCCGAAGUACUCUCUAAAAACAGAGGGGAUCGAUUUCAGAGACCACCGUCAUACUUGGGAAGGAAGGCGUGGUUUUGCUCUCGAUAGCCGGAUUUUUAGUUUUGAUAAAACCGAGGUUCACGUUGCCGCCAACACGCAUCACGAGUUUCUCAGCAAUCUCAAAGCGCACCAUUCGUCACCUCUGAUUGACGAGCUCGAGAAACCGCUGAGCUUUAUGAAUGCGUACGACAAAAUCUGGACGACUGCGUCGGACGAUACCGGCGAUGAGGUGAGCUGGGCGACGUUCUUGAAGGCGUUGCGGUGGGAGUGGCUGGCUGUACAAGCUCAGUGGCCACCUGUCGCAGGUUACGAAGACCUGGACUUAGUGGAAGGGGAGGACGUUGGAGGUUGCCAUGGCUAG